CGGAGCUUUGCAACAUACCGGAGAGCCUUUUUUUGUUGUGUAUGCAAGAAGAUAUGCCAGGUGAGUAUUUCAUUAUGCAAGCACACGCACGAGAUAUAGCUAAGUCCUGCGCAGGUUGACUCAGUCAGUCGCCACCAUGGGGCCUCUGUGGCGGCGCGUUUUUCUGGUCUCUCUGCUGUUACUUGGAUUUUUGUCCGGUGUAGUUUCUGACGACAUAGGUGGAUCAUACAACUGGGACCACACGAUCAGCCUGUCGGGAAGUCCGUACAGCGUCACCGAUGAAAUCAUCGUCGGUGAGGCGGCGACCCUGACGAUCGAGCCGGGGGUUCGGCUGUUGUUCCCGGAGGGGGUCGGCAUGACCGUGUGGGGACGGCUGAUAGCUAUCGGCACUCCAGAACACAGAAUCGUCUUCGACCGGAAGAGGAACCCACCCGACGACCAAGCGAAUAACGUGACACGUGACCACAACAUCCGGUUGCUGGGUCCUACCGUGUUUGAGGGACGUGUCCAGGUCCAGCGGGAUGGAGAUUUCUUUACGGUCGACUAG